CAUAGUGGUGGCCAUGGAGCUAUGGGGUGGGGAGCUAGCGAAUAGGACAAUUAUAUGCUGGUCCGACAACAUGGGGGUGGUCGAAAUCAUCAAUCAGCUAUCAGCAUCAUCAAUGCCAGUAGUUAGGUACCUAAGGUACUUGGUUCUGAAAUGUUUAAAACAUAAUAUAUGUGUCAGGGCCAAGCAUAUUCCGGGGUUCAAAAACGUAGUUGCUGAUGCGCUAUCCCGUUUUAAGUGGAAGGAGUUUAGGGAGCUAGCACCCAAUGCCAGACAGGAAGGUGAAUGUUGCCCUAUGCUUCUUUGGCAGAUUGGCAGCGGAUAGAAGGAAUCGAGGAACUGGUCGAAAAAGCUUUGGCACCAAGCACAUGGGCAGUGUACAGGAAAUAUUGGGGACAAUGGUGCAAGCAUAGGGAGGAGGCGAAAGGAGGGGAGGAAGGAAGAUUUUUAGAAUGGUUGAUGGCGCUGCGGAGAGAAGGUGUAAAAAAGGGGAGAUUGAGCGCAGUGUUAGCAGGGAUUUCAUACUGUUCGCAGCUAUACGGGGGAGUAGAUUGGUCCAGGAAGUUUAUAGUAAAGAAAAUCGCAAGGGCAUGGGGAAGAGGGGAAGAGAAGGAAGUGGCUAAAAGGGAACCAAUAACUGAGGUUAGAUUACAGAAAAUGAUAGGGGCACUAGAAGGGGUAUGUGCAAACAGGGACGAGGCGCUUAUUUUCAGAACAGCUUUUUUAGUAGCAUUUCACGGAGCAAUGAGGAUAGGGGAGCUGUUACCAAAAAACAGAAAAAUAGGUAAAGGGGGUGUGGAGACAGGGGAUGUAAGAUGGGGGGAAGAAGCCGUUCUAAUAUUGGUAAGAAGAUCUAAAACAGACAAGGAAGGAAAAGGGGCAUGGCUAAAUAUGGCUAAAACCGGGGGAACACUGUGCCCGGUGGCCUGUGUUAAGGAAUACCUGAUAGCAAUGAGGAAAGGGGGCCGCACAUUUCUGAGGCAUGCAGACGGUUCGGAUGUAACAAUCUUCCAGUUUAAAAGCAUAUUACAAAGGGUGGUUAAGAAAUUGGGGUGGAGAGAGGCACACAUCGCGCCGCAUUCAUUCAGAAUAGGAGCAGCGACCGCCGCAGCGGGUAGGGGUUGUUCAGAGGAACAAAUUAAAAAAUUAGGGAGAUGGAAAUCAGCAGCGUACAAAUCUUACAUAAGAGUGCAAAAGGAGUAAGGCCUUAAUAAAAAUGUUCUAACGGUUAAAUUGUUUUUUUUUUGUUUUACAGACAAAGAGUUAAGGGUGUGGAUAGUAGGGCAUUCCUACGUCUAUUGGGCACAGGCUAGGGCAGCAGCAUCGGCGCAGGGAGUAAAUUUGGGACUGUCGCACAAGGAAGUCAGCAUUAGAUGGGUAGGAAAAAGAGGCAUGAUGUGGGACGAGUUAGUGCCUACAAUACAGCUGGCAAGGAGAAGAUGGGGGUGUCCGGACGCCAUAAUUAUACAUCUGGGGGGGAACGACAUAGGCGCUUACCCACUUAGAGAGUUAGAAGAGAAAGUUGCAGGAACAAUGAGAUGGUUGAAGGUGGCAUGGCCAUCAGUGAGGGUGAUAUGGUCCAAUAUAGUUUUGAGGGUAUUCUGGCGGAUAUAGAUCGAGGAGAAAAGUGAACCAGGUGGCAGCAAAGGUUAUGAAGGAAAUAGGGGGUAGAGUGGUGGAGCACCCACUGAUAGCAGCGAGAAAGGAGGAGCUAUUCAGACGGGAUGGAGUGCACCUAACGGAUGAGGGGAAUGACCAGCUGCUGGUGGACAUCAGAGGGAUGUGCCAAGAGUUGGUAAAGACGCAGCAGAGCACGAUGCAAUAACCGGAAAGGUCACGUGAGAAGGCAGUACUUGCACGGCUAAGGGCAGGACGUUGACUAAUUGGUUGAGUCGCAGUAAGACCGCCCGUGCUCCUCAAUAAGGGGAAGAACACAGCGCAACCGAAGGGCAGCAGGUGACCUGGCGGUCUACGCUGACUGGAGGAUAGAAAACGGCAGCUGUUUUUUAACAUAGUAUUGAGCAUACAAUCGCAGCAAGCGGUGAAGUUUGUGCACGACACGUGGGCGGGGCAGAAGGGGAGGUGGGAGGAUCCCGCGGCAUACCCAGC